UCUGCGUCAACGGUCACGUGAUCGCAUUCUCAAAGAGGUCUGUAAAGCGAUAAAAACCACAGUUUUAUAAUCUGAAGGGUUUGUUUUUAUUCUGAUCCCCAACAGCGAUGUCUUUCUGCUCGUUUUCCGGAGGUGAGAUCUAUAAAGACCACUUUGACACGGGAAUGUAUGUCUGCUCAAAAUGUGGCUACGAGCUGUUCUCCAGUAAGUCCAAAUAUGAGCACUCCUCGCCCUGGCCUGCCUUCACUGAGACCAUCCACAAGGACAGUGUCUCCAAAGAGGAAGAGAGAAGAGGAGCUUACAGGGUACGAUGUGGGAAGUGUGGUAACGGUCUGGGUCACGAGUUUGUGAACGAUGGUCCCAAACGUGGACUCUCACGUUUCUGAAUAUUCAGCAGCUCACUUAAGUUCAUCCCUAAAGAGACGGAUGGACAGUAGAGGGAACUGCUGGAUGGCGAGGUGAAGAUGGGUUUGAGUCUACAGAGUGGCUGUUCUGUGGCCAGUGCGGACAUUCAGUGACGUGUUCUGUGAUAAAGCCCACGGUGGACAUUCAGAACUCUGAAGUUCAUGACCUCACUGGUGAACAAGGACAAGUCUGCUCCUAACAUUUACCAAAUGUUGCACUAAUGAACCACCAGCCUUCUUCAUAAGUAUGUAAUUAGUGUAUAAAGGUUUUUAGGUAAAUCUAUACAAAGUUAGAGAAUGGUGGCAGAUGAUGGCUAUAGCAAUGAAAAUAAGUGCUUGGACUGUUACAGGUCCACCACCUCAAUCUCAUUUAGAUUUUUAGGAAGGAAAAAAAAAAACUUCGCUGAGAACAUUUCUGAGAUCAUAUUUUUGCACCAGCUGAAGUGUUUCACCAAAAAAAUAAAUAAUGUAUCCACAUAAUUGGAGCACUAAGAAUAAAAGUUUCAGUAUGUUAAAUUA